GCCCAUUCCAAACUUGUAUGGAACGAGAAACGUGAAAUUGGUUCAGUUCAGAUGGGAAUGUUUGGCUUGGAGUAAAUGGACGCUGAAUGAGGAAAGAAUUUUGAGUGCGUGUGGUUCGGUUGAGCUCGGAAGAUAUGACUACAUAUUUGCAAGUGGCCGAAGAUGACGGCGAAGAGCCCAUCGAGCUGCCCACCGAGGACGACGGCACUUUGCUGCUGUCCACUCUGGCCGCUGCCUACCCUGGCACUUGUGGUCUCAAGUAUCGCAACCCUGAUUCCCGUGCCAUGCGAGGCGUCCGCCUCGUCGAGGGCAGGUUGCACGCACCCGAGACCGGCUGGGGCAACUCGAUAUAUUUCUGCGUCUUCCCCAAAGUGAUUUCAACUCAUCCCUUUACAGCAGAGAACAAGAGAAAAUCGGAUGACCACCUAGAGAAUUCCACAGCGAAAACGAAACGCAUGGAAUCAAAGCAAAAGUGCUCAGACCUGAUUGUUUUGGGCCUGCCUUGGAAAACGACAGAGCAGCAGUUGAGAGAGUAUUUUGAGGCCUAUGGUGAAGUCCUUAUGGCACAGGUUAAAAAGGACUCAAAAACAGGCCAGUCCAAGGGUUUUGGUUUCAUUCGUUUUGCAAGUUAUGAAUCACAGAUGCGAGUACUAGCUCAACGACACAUGAUUGAUGGACGCUGGUGUGAUGUCAAAAUACCAAAUUCUAAGGAGGGCCAAGUUCAGCAAGUGCCGUGCAAAGUUUUUGUCGGUCGGUGCACAGAAGACAUGCAGGGUGACGACCUGCGCGACUACUUCUCCAAAUUCGGCGAGGUGACGGACGUCUUCAUCCCCAAGCCCUUCCGGGCGUUCGCCUUCGUCACCUUCCUCGACCCCGAGGUGGCCCAGAGUCUGUGCGGCGAGGACCACAUCAUCAAGGGGGUCUCUGUCCACGUGAGCAACGCCGCUCCAAAAACUGAUCCCUCCAGAGUCGGAGCCAGCGGCCGCGCGCCGGUCGACCGGAUAGGCGGCCCGUACGGCGGCAACAUGGGCGGCGGAGGAGGAGGAGGUGGCGGCAGAGGCACCGAACACAAAGCGCUGCCGGGUCCCGCAGGACCCUACGGACAGGGACCAUACGGAGGCUCUGUAACCGCCAUUGGAGUCGGUGGCACCGCCGGAGGAGGCUGGGGACAGGCGCUCCCUGGAAGCAGAGCCAACCUCGACAUGCCGAAUCUUCAGGCAUUGGGUAUAACAGGAGGCAUUGGCGCAACCGGCGGAGGUCAGGGUCCCCCGGGAGCCACUCAGGGCAUGAACAACCCCAUGGGCAUGGGGACGCUCAACCUCGGCACCCUGCCGAUGAAUCCAGCCAUCGUGGCUGCCGCGUUAAACCAAGCAGCCGCUGGCUGGGGCAUCAUCGGCAAUCUGCAGAGCGCGCAGGGCGGCCAGGACAACGGCCCAACGCAGGGCUUUGGCAACCCGCAGCAGUUCGCUGGGGGCGCCAGCGCGCAGGGGGGCAACCAGGCAGUGCAACCAGCCAACGUGCCCCCGGGACAAAGUGGCAACGCCGGCACGCCGAACCAGGGCGCCGGCGGCUCCAGCUUCCUCGGUUGGAUGAAUCAGGGUGGCGGUGGCGCCGAGAACCCCGGCGGCCCCAACACAACCAACCAGGGUCCUGGCGGGGCCUCGUGGCCUCAGCGGGAUAAGGGAGGGAGUUAUCUCAAGUACGACGUGUAGACAAACCCGUCGUCGAGUGGGGUCUCUAAAAGGCUUUCAAAACGCCCGCACGCUCUCCCGAAAGGCAUGAUUCUGCUAAUAUUGUUUGCGCAAUGGACGGGUUAGCUGAUUUAUCGUCGUCAGCCAAUUGUUCGUACACGUUGACUAGUUAUUUCUUGCAAAAUUAUUAUUAUACACUCUACGGUUAUUACAAAUAUGUCAGAAUCAUUGUGCGUUGGUUGUGGGGAGCUUGUGGAUUUUCUUAUGUUUGUCUCUGAAAAAAUGUUAGAGAAAGUAACUCUAUUAUUUAUUAUGGAUUGAUUUUGAGUUUGUGAAAAUUUGCAGUGCAUUUUAGGGCGUGAGAACAUAAUUAUUAAUCACUACCUAGACAUACAUUCACACAUACAACAUACACGUCACACACACACACACACGAAGAGAGCAAUUAAUAUUGUAACAUAUAACGGAAGUUGACAAAUCUCACUGUUAUUUUUAUGCUGCACACACAUUGUAUCAUCAAAAUUUCUGAUUGAGGAAUUCCGCUUCCUCAAAAUAUUGGGCGACUAGUUCCCUAUCUUGCUUUUGAGUCUAUAUUACUUUUGGACUGUGAUUUUUGCUUUAACAUUAAUCCAAGCGUUUCAGUCUGCAUCUGAGUUUGAUGAUUUUUUAGCUGCCUGUAGAGAAGUGUACGGGAAGUGGUGAAAGCCUUUAAAAUGCCUUUUCUAAAAAACAAAAACUCUCUGUCCGCUGUUUUACCCCUGACGAGAAAAUAUUAUGGAAAUUGUAAACCCCGUUUAUGGUUUUUUGAGUGUUGUUUGAAUGGGCCGAGCGCUCAUCCCCGCAUAACACCCCUUUUGCGACCUCAGCAUUACUUUUUGUUGUCAUUUUCGCGCCAUCUGUUACGAGACGGACACAACCACACGAUUUUUCGCAUACUGUCCAGCUGUAGCGCAUUCACGCCGCCGAGUUUCCAUCACCCUAUCUCUUUCAUGUUAACAAAUUACGGUUUGAUUUUUGCCUGCAAAACCGCUGUUAAAGGCUAACGAAUCCAGCAUCGAAUUUUUACGGAGCGACCUGAUCAACGAGGCGCAUAGUUUGCAAAAUUUAGUCUUUAAAAAGAAAAGGAAAAAGUUAAAUAUUAAAAGGAAAAAAACAAAGAGAGAAAACACCUUUGAAGAUGAUCAUUCAAUAGAAGGAAAGCUAACUAUAUAAAGGAGCAAGAAUUAAAUUGACAUCGUUUAAUAUUUUGAAUCCUUCAUUAUCAAAGUUGUUUCAACGGGUGGGGGUUGCCUGAAUUUUUCUUUUGAUUAAGUUUGAAGCAUCAGUGUUUGACCCUGAAUUAUAUAAAUAUAGUAUAUAUUCAAAUGUAUUUGUUGAUUUAAAUGAGCACAUGGAAGAAACACAACAGAAGAAAAAGUGUUCGGGUGCUUGUGGCGUGGGAGUCGUGUGUGAGAUGUAAUGGUUUGUAUUUAAUGAUUGAUAUGGGAUUCAAGUGAAGGCGUAAAUCUUAAUUAUGACAUGUACUAACAAUACUCUUAUUAUAGCGUGCAAGAUGUGUGAAAUUCACUUGUAUGUUUUUAAAAUCUGUAAUUUUAAUAAAGUGUAUGAAUGCA